AUGUACUUGUCCUCCUACUCUUGCCGAAACAGCAACCAUAACAACAGCAAUGGCAGCAGCCUCAGCAUCGUCAGUUUAGGCGAGCAUUCUUCUUCCAAGCCUCCAUUACUACUUCAGAUUCGAUUGCCUCGACGCAGCCCCAAGCAACGUACGCAUUUCAUUGGUGGCGAAACUGAAUCUUCAAAACCUAUCGAACUUCCUCGAAACAAUUAUGAUAUCAGCCAAAGUUGGAGGAAAAUUAGGAACGCCAUCUGCAUUGCCGCUACUCCCACCCCCUCGUGCACGACCUCCGACGUUUUGCUUUUGAUGGAUUGUCUUCACCUUCCUGUACCCAUUGAUAUUUAUGCUUCUCUUGUCCAGGAAUGCACUCUCUCCUCCGACUCCACUAGAGCCGCCGAGUUGCAUCAGCACAUCUCCCGGAGUGGCCUCAAAGUUCCUUUGCCUUUGCUUAAUCGGCUUCUUCUCAUGCACGUAUCGUGUGGCUUUUUGGACACUGCCCGUCAGUUGUUUGACCGAAUGACCCUUAGGGACUUCAUCUCUUGGGCCACCAUGAUCGUUGGUUAUGCGAACAAUACCCACUAUGACGAAGCUAUAAGUUUGUUUGUGAAAAUGCAAUAUCAACUCAGUAUGUUGGAAUACCCCACAUGGAUAAUUGCGUGUGUUCUCGAGGCAUGCGUAUACACUAUCGAUCUGGAUCUAGGAAAGCAACUUCAUGGAUGCUUAUACAAGUUGGGUAUGGCUAAUCAUGAUUCAUUUAUCACCAGUUCCUUAAUCCAAUUCUACGGAAAACUCAAGUGCAUAGAAGGCGCUGAAUCUGUCUUUAAUCAACUCUCACGUCACAACACAUUGACAUGGACGGCCAGAAUCAUCAGCAGCUGUACAGAGGAGCGUUUUGGUAAUGUUUUUAGUUACUUUAAAGAGAUGGGAAGGGCAGGAAUAAAGAAAAGCACCUUUACGUUUUCCAGUAUUCUCAGGGCAUGUGCCAGGAUUGACGAUGAUGGACGCAGUGGCCGACAGGUGCAUGCCAAUGCCAUCAAGAUUGGGUUGGAUACAGAUACUUAUGUGCAGUGCGGGCUGGUUGACAUGUACGGAAGAAGUGGACUACUGAAAGAUGCAAAAUUGGUGUUUGAGGUGAUUGAUGACAAGGGAAAUGUUGCAUGCUGGAAUGCAAUGGUUACAGCGUGCAUUCGGAAUGGCUUCUACAUGGAAGCCAUUAAGUUGCUGUAUGAGAUGAAGGCAACUGGAAUGCAGCCUCAAGAGUCUAUCGUCAAUGAAGUGAGGAUGGCAUGUAGUAAUGACAGAAUCUCUUUGAACCAAGCCCCGAAAAUGGGUAUCGGGUUCGAAAUCGGAGAAGGACGGUUUCAAUAA